AUGCCGCUCCCAGCCGAGUACACGCAUCUUCUCAACGAUCUCAACCGCGAUGUGAUGCGGGCGGCUCCCUCGGACCCACUUCAAUUCUGCGCAAAUUGGUUCAAUGCUCGCCUCGAGCAGCAGCGUAAAGCUCACCUCGGGCCCUCGGGAACGGGUGAUGUCAAUAUGCUGGCACCUCACGAGACAGCGGCGCCCAUCAGUGCUGGUCCUUUCGCCCCUUCUUCCUCGUCGUCCUCGUCCGGGCCCUUCGCCUCUGCCAACCCAUUUGGCGCCGCACCGGUCAACGCCGCAACGGCCAGCAACGACAUGGACGACUCUGCGGACGACGGUGCCCCUUUCGCGCCUCCUCCGGCGUAUAACUUCGGCCGUCGCACCUCCGUCUCUGCCGAGUCUCUAGCUCCCGCCAGCAGCGGCCUCGAGACCUCCGCUGGCUCGACGAUCGCCAAGACUGUCAUUCCGAAGACGGACAGUCAGAUGAGCCGCAUUGCCAAAGCUACAGAGGGCAAUCUACUGUUCCGCAACCUCGAGGAGGACCAGUACCGGGAUGUUCUCCUCGCGAUGAAGGAGGUCAAGGUUGAUGCGGGUACAGCAGUCAUUGAGCAGGGAGCGCAAGGUGACUACUUUUACGUGGUCGAGAGCGGAACACUCGAUGUGUACAUUGAUGACCAUGCCGGACCCCGAACCGAGACGCAUUCCCACCUUGGCGAGAAGAAGAUCUCCUACGGCCCCUCGGCCUCCUUCGGCGAGCUGGCUCUCCUUUACGCACAGCCCCGUGCAGCAACCGUCCUCUCCACCUCGCCCUGCAUCCUCUGGGCGCUGGACCGCGUAACCUUCCGCUCUAUCCUCAUGGAAACCAACAACAGGCGCCGAGAGAUGUACGAAUCCUUCAUCAAGGAGGUGCCCCUCUUCGAGCACCUGUCCGCCUCGGAAAGGGCGAAGAUGAGCGACGCGCUUGAGUUGAGGAGCUACGAGGUUGGCAAAGAGGUUGUCAAGCAAGGAGAGAGGGGAACAGAGUUCUUUGUCAUUGUGGAAGGGGAGGCAGAAGUCAGGAAGAGGACCUUGGAGCGUGAGGAAGAGGCUGUGGGUAGGUUGGGCAAGGGGGACUACUUUGGUGAGCUGGCGUUGCUCAACAAUGCGCCUAGGGCUGCGACGAUUGUUGCGGCGCCCGCGAGGGCGUCGUCGGCGACUACGGCAGCAGCAGCAGGAGGUGCGCCAUCAUCACCAGACAGACUCCGCGUCGCCACUCUCAGCGAGUCGGCUUUCACCCGCCUACUCGGCCCCCUGGCAGGAAUCAUGGGACGUCAUGCCCGCGAAAGGUACGGUGUCUUUCCCUCGUCCUCCUCAUCAACGGCGCUCGGGAUCUCCGGUCCCGGUGACGUUGCCGGCUCACUCCCACCAUCCGCUCCUGCGGCAACGUCGUUUGCAGAGAUUGCCCCUCACGAGGUCGGGCCCACUGCUGGUGGCGCGGGAGCCGGGCAGCAACCUGGCGGUGGGACAUGGAUCGGAGGGUUGGGAACGAGCCCCUUUGGGGCGCAGGCCAGGGCGUGAUCGAGCACGGUACUCGACUUGGACGAUUGUAACGCGUAAUCGCAAUCGCACGAGAACCUCUGAUCUCUCUCCUCUAUCAGAUCCGAAAAAUAAUCUUGAUACUCUAUUCAUGCUGCACCCUUCGAGGCUGAUCCGACGAGAAAGCAGGAGCUGCAAAAUGGGAGCGGCGGUAUGAUUCUUGUGUGCUGUCGGGCCUAUAUAACAUAUGUAGUCGUAGUGCUGGUCUCGUCGUCAUCGUCAUCGCGGUCAUAGGCGCGGACCAGCCGUCGCCAUUCUUGUCGUCAUCAUCUCCACCUUCGCCCAUCCACCUGGUUCCUCAGCAGCAGGACCAGCCAUUGUACUUCGCGGCAGCACCUCCCGCAUUGAGAAACCCACUU